GGUGCAUGGUAGAGCUAAGUAAAAACUUUGAAUUUGUUUCCUGAUUUUACACCUCGAUUUUUGCUCUAAAAGGGUUCGUUAAUCAAUUUCUUAAAGAAUAGUUGUUAAACCAAAAUGGGUAAGUCUAAAGCUCGUCGAAUCAAAGGGCUAACCACCCAGAAAGCUCCUCUUGGCGAUCAAAUUAACGAUGGUCGGAUCGCAAAGAAACCAAAAGCAAGCAAAUUCCGUCUUCGGGCCGAAGAAGAAAAUUUUGUGGACGCCAAAACAACGAAAAGAAUCCUGCACCAAGCUCGCAAACAACAGGCCGAACUUAAUUUACUGGGCGAUUCGUUCGGACCAUCGCUAGCCGAAGCAGCCGCUACCGAUGGCCGGAAACGCCACCGACUCGGUGAUCACGAAUCCGAGUCGGAUGAGGAAUACCGCGAAGAUGCAGAUGUGGACGGAGAGGAUUUCUUUGAUAACAUCAAGAUUACCAAGGAAGAUGAACGCGCUCUAGAGAUGUUUCAAAACAAAGAUGGUGUCAAAACUCGAACGCUGGCGGAUAUUAUUAUGGACAAAAUUACAGAAAAGCAGACCGAAAUACAAACACAAUUUUCUGAUAAUGGUUCACUGAAAAUAGAAGACGUUGAUGCACGCGUUCGAGAAAUGUACGAAGGUGUGCGGGAUGUUUUGAAACGAUACCGCAGCGGCCGGGUCCCGAAAGCAUUCAAAAUUGUACCGAAACUCAGAAACUGGGAGCAGAUUCUGUACAUUACGGAGCCACACAAUUGGAGUGCGGCAGCAAUGUUUCAAGCGACGAGAAUUUUCUCAUCCGGACUUACUCAGUACAUGGCACAGCGUUUCUACAAUCUGGUAUUGCUACCGAGAAUUCGAGACGAUUUGGCAGAAUACCACAAGUUAAACUUCUACCUGUAUCGAGCGCUGAAAAAGGCUCUAUUCAAGCCAGCGGCUUUCAUGAAGGGAAUAAUUUUGCCGCUGCUGGAGUCCGGAGAUUGUACACUGCGGGAAGCAAUCAUUUUCGGAAGCAUCAUAAGCAACACGGCUAUCCCGGUUUUGCACACGUCUGCCUGUUUGCUGAAGAUCUGCGAGAUGGAAUAUUCCGGUGCCAAUUCGGUUUUCAUUCGGAUCAUUUUGGAUAAACGGUGCGCUCUGCCGUACCGAGUAGUGGACGCAGCUGUGUUCCAUUUCCUACGCUUUGAACAGGACAAACGAGAACUACCGACGUUGUGGCAUAAUGCGCUGCUCACGUUUGCUCAACGGUAUAAGAACGAUAUUUCCUCCGAACAACGGGAUGCCCUUCUGCAGCUGUUGAAGAAAAAAUCGCACCACAAAAUCACUCCAGAAAUCCGGCGGGAACUGAUGGCUGCCCAAUGCCGUGACGUCGAGAUGGGCGACAGCCUGGCUCACGAGGCCGACAUGGAGUACAAGGAAGACAAUGAUUUCACCCCAAUGGAAGACGAGCAGAGCCCGUCCAGCAGUAGUAAUCGGAUGAAGCAGGCAGCUGGUGGGGAUGAAAAAAUGUCGAGUGAAGAAGAGGAAGACAGCGACGACGACGACGACGACGAGGAUGAAAACGAGGAAGAACUUUAGGAUGACUGAGUUCAUAAAAAAACUAGUUGUUUGUACAAUACCAUUUAUUGCUAGUGUAUGCACAAAUACAUCUGUGUUACUGAUGGAAUUGAUGCUUUUUAUUACAGGCUGAAACUUCCGGUUGAAUAAUUGAAAAGAAUGGAGUACAGCUUUCGUUAGAUGCUUGAAGUAGUCAUUAAUUUGUUUAAGGAAACAAAGAAUUUUAAUUUAGACAAAACAGAACAACUUGAAGUUAUUUUACAUAGUAUUUUAGAAAUCUUGAUAUCUAGCUAAUCAUUAUGACAAUAUAACAAAGUAAUAUUUACCGUAUUAGUACAUUAACCGAGUGACAUAAACUAUCUUGGUACAGUUAAGAAACAUCUUACACGCAGGUGUGAAUAUUAUUUUUUAUGUAUUUCACAUUUUCUGAUAUCAUUGGAUGCAACAACUAGUUACUUAACGGUGAAAUUUGUUUUGUUUGUUACUUUUUUGGCUUAUGAUAGGAUUUUUCAAGUUGCGUUAUUGGUAUUCAAUUCGGCGGUUAUUCCGGUACUAUGCAAGUAAUUGUACGUGAUGGUACAAAAUCUGAAAAAUAAUCUAGCUAAUUGACGGUUUUACACUUAUAUGAGCAGAAAGCAAUCAUAAUCUAUAUUGCUGUGUUGCAAUAAUUUUGAUAUGGUCAAAAAAAUUUUGGAAAAUUUAAUACCCAAAUAAAUUGUUGGAAUACCAAAAUAACCGCCAUCUUUGCUUUUGUGGUUGAAAUUUGGGUUAGUCCUAACGUUGGUAGUCAUGCUUGAGAAACCUUCAUCUUCAGCUUUAGUGUAUGAAUUUGCCUGAGGUCAAUGCAGGGAACCUAUGAUAAUUAUUAGCUACACCAAUAAUGUAUAACAUAUUUUUAGAUUCUACGUCCUGAAUGUGUUUCUGCUGAUACCUAUGAUUAAAUCAAAAAUGUUCACACACGUGGAUUAGAUUACGCAAGUUGCAGCACGAUUUUCUUUCCAGCACAGUAUAUCACGUAUUUUGGACGAAGAGAGGGUACAGUGCGUUUUUAUCAAUAAGCGCUAAAAAUAGUAGACAAAUAGAAAGUUUGUUUUUUUUUGUCAUCUUUUAAAAAUAUUUUCAUUCGAUGAAGGAGCAAGCAAACCACAAUAUGUAGAAAAGAAAAGUAAAAAAUAUAUGACGCAAUACAU